UCACUAUUUUCUGAUUCUCCACUUCUAUUCAAAUCUCGAAUCAUCUAACCGUUCUGUGGUGAGGCCUUUGAACCGGGAUUCGCCGUCGGCGAGAAGUUUCCGACGAUUUCUUAUCCAUCUUCCGGGCUUUUGUUUCUUCUACUUGUGAUCUUCUCCGCUGCCAUUCCACCUCUCUGGUUCUUUUUUACACUUGAAUUGAAAUUUCCUUGAAAUGAAGUGGGGAAAGAUUGUUGAGCUGUUUGAGCACAUGGAUACUCUGGUUUAUGAGAAGAUUAUCAAGGGUCAAGAUCGAACUCUUAUAUCGCUGGGUGUAUGUGUUGCAUCAUUGGCCUACUGCUUGGAAACUGAAAUCCCUCCAAAUCAUAUAUUCCUGGUUACUCUUGGCUUUGCAGCACUUCACAUGUUUGGCAUUUUCAUAUUCACUCAACAAUGGUUCUCCAACUUCUUGCAGAAUUGGGGGAGUUUAGUUUUUCCUUUGGUAGGUGUUUUGAAGGCUUUUGGAAAUGGUUAUGUUAUGUAUUACGUAAUGGCACAUAAGGAACAUGCCAAUUGGAGAUUACUUGUUUUUGUGUUGUCAUAUGCAACUUUUCAUUUCCUCUUGAUGAUUAACGAGAUUGGAGGGAGGGAUUUUGGUGUAACAAGGGGUUUUCUCGCUGCUGCUUUCACCCUUGCGAUGUUCAUACAACAACAGAAAACAUUUGGAGUAGCCAUAGUUCUAGUUGUAUCAACAACAUUAGUUUUCUUCAAAGAAUGUCACAUACAGAGGAUGACUUUACAAUGCAAAGCGACAACCGAGAUGCCCACCUCCAAAACCAACGUGAGAGCCGAUGGUGGAACUUAUGGAUGAAGCCUUUGGGACAUAGCAUGAGUGUAAAUUUACUGUUGUCUGUUGACUUCUCUUGAUUAGUAAACUAGAGGACUUCUAUUAAGCACUGUUUAACUUGCGUUAAUCUCCAUUUAUGUUACAGUUUUGGCAGCAGCUUUUUUUCAAUACCCCCAGAUUUGGUAGAUAUGGGGGUGAAGUUUGAGUCAACUUUUUCUUUCUUUGAUCUGUUCUGAUUGCUAGACAGUUUGGAUAUGGUGGAGCAUUUGA